UCUGCAGACUGCGGAAACGGCUGUGGUGUUUUGUUUUGUUUUUAUUUCGUCAGUGGAGUCCUCGGCAAAACUCUUUACACAAUCUAAACAUCAAAGGGAAAACACGAAUGAUGCUUCGAUUGAAAUGGCGUCGACAUAGGAACAAAACACUUAUUUCCAUAAAAACUGCAUUCAUUUUGUAGUGGAAAAGUGCUGAAAAUGACGCUCUUUAGUUUGGUCACAUUGUGCGCACCCUUCCUGGCUGGUGUGCUUGGUGUUUAUAGAUAUGGAGUGUCACAGACUGUGAAUGAGGGAGAAUCAGUGACUUUACAGACUGGUGUUGAAAUAAACAAACAAGAAAAGUUGAGAUGGUAUUUUAAUGACAUCCUCAUUGCUGAACUGAACAGAGAUCUCAGUUAUAGCUGUACAGAUUUUCAGUGUAAAGAUGCUGAUACGAAAUUUAGAAACAGACUGAAGCUGGAUCGUCAGACUGGAUCUCUGACCAUCAAAGACACCAGAACCACUGACUCUGGAGUUUAUAAACUAAAGAUAACACGAAAGAGUGGAGAAAGUGUGAAGCUCUUCAUUGUUGCAGUACAUGGUUUUUUCAAUAUGAAUGCAGAAGGAGAGUCAACAUUUGUGAUGGAGGGAGAUUCACUCACUCUGCACACAGAUGUUGAAACAAAUCAACAAGAAACAAUUAGAUGGUAUUUUAAUGACGCUCGUAUAGCUCAAAUGACUGGAGAUCUAAGUUAUAUCUGUACAGAUGUUCAGUGUAAUGAAGAUACUAAGACAUUCAGACACAGACUGAAUCUGGAUCAUCAGACUGGAUCUCUGACCAUCACAAACACCAGAACCACAGACUCUGGAGUUUAUCGUCUACGGAUCAUCAGUAGCCACACCAUCACUGAAAAGAUAUUCAUUUUUGCUGUAUAUGAUGCUCCUGCUGCUGAACGAAAUCAAAUGAAGAGAAAGUCAGUGAUGGAGGGAGAAUCUGUUACUUUAGAUCCUGGUGAAAUGGAAAACCUUAAUUAUUUGAUGACAUGGUAUUUUAAUGACAUUCGCAUUGCUCAAAUCACAGGAGAUCCGAAUAAGACCUGUACAUAUGGUCAGUGUGAAGAUGCUGAUGGAAGAUUCAGAGACAGACUGGAAGUGAAUCCGACUGGAUCUCUGACCAUCACAAACACCACAACCACAGACUCUGGACUCUAUAAACUACAGUUCAACAGCAGCAGCAGGAUCAGUAUCAUAAAGAUAUUCAGUGUUACUGUCACUGCUGUUCCAGACCCAACUGUGGCUUCAGGUGCUAAAGAAGGAAGAAAUGCUAUUGUAGUUGUUGUUGUUUUGCUGUUCGUGGCUGCAGCAGUUGCUGGUGUGAUUUGCUAUCGCCACAGGAGAUCUACACAAACAAGACAAAAUGGCACCAUUAGGCUUCACAGAUAUAAUGAGGAGAGUGCUGGAAAACAUUCAACUUCCUUAUCGGAAUGGGAUUCACCUGGUGACUGCUGAAAAUAGGACAUCACAGUAGUAUUAAUUAUUAUUUGGGUAACUUGUGGGAAAUGAAAGAGGCAAAUUUUCCACUCUGUACUAAAUGUUUUAUAGUUGAAAUGAAUAAAAAUAUAUUAUUUGAAAAAUUAUUAUACAUAUUUUUCUUAUAUGUGAUGUAAAUUGUAAAGUGAUGUACUAAUGGAAUACUGUUCAGUUUUAUUGUUUGUUUUUUUGUUUUUUACUUCCAAGUUUGUGCAUGUUAUGAGGAGGAAGAUCUGUUGUCAUGAUCUCAGUCUGAGUUCCCCUGUCUUGUUUUGUUUUCUUUUCCUUGUUGGUUCUGUAUUCACUGUCUUUGUUCAGUUCCUGUUGCCUUAAGGCAGGGGUCACCAAACUUGGUCGUGGAGGGCUGGUUUCCUGCAGAGUUUAGCUUUGACCCUAAUUAAACACACCCGAACCAGCUAAUCAAGGUUUUACUAGGUAUACUAAGAAAUUCCAGGCAGGUGUGUUGAGGCAAGUUAAAUCUAAACUUUGCAGGACUUUGCCCUCCAGGAUCAAGUUUGGUGACCCCUGCCUUAAGAUAAAGCUUACUACUUUAUAACUUCACAUUAUCUGUCCAUUCUUCUGUGUGUAUUUUAGAAUAUAAUCACUGUGUGAUUGAAAUGAUCACCUUCGCUUGCUUUCUGCUUGCUCAGUGUGGACUCUACCACAACAUUCCAAGACAGGAAAAAGAACAGGAAAUAUUAUAAAGUAUGUUUGACCCCAGCAUUAUCUGUUUGUCUGAACAAUGAUGGAAGAAGGCUUCUAAUUGUGCAAACAUCUGUUUCUUUCUGAGGUUUAUCCUGUUUGAUGUGGAUUAUGAGAUCUGUUCCCAGAGUCACUUACUCUUUGUAUUAUCCAAGGAAACGAAUCGGUAAAGUUCAGAUAUAGAACUGUUUUAUAAUGGAAAUUAAUGUGAAUGUUGUUUGUUUGCACAUUAACGUUAUUAAAAUGACUAUUAAACAUACU